CAAACUUCCGGUGCCUGCGGAGCGCGGAGCGGCGGCUGCACACCCCGAGGCUGCCCGGGCAGAGGCUGCAGGGCGGACGCGCGGCCGGCCGCAGCCAUGGUGAAGAUCAGCUUCCAGCCCGCCGUGGCCGGCAUCAAGGGCGACAAGGCCGACAAGGCGGCGGCCGCGGCUGCGGCCCCGGCUCCGGCCGCUGAGAUCCUGCUGACGCCGGCUCGGGAGGAGCGGGUCCCCCCACAGCGCUACAAGAAGGGGGGCUCCGUGGGCGGCGUGUGCUACCUGUCGAUGGGCAUGGUCGUGCUGCUCAUGGGCCUCGUGUUCGCCUCCGUCUACAUCUACAGAUACUUCUUCCUCGCACAGCUGGCCCGAGACAACUUCUUCCACUGUGGGGUUCUCUACGAGGACUCCCUGUCCUCCCAGGCCCGCACUCGGAUGGAGCUGGAGGAGGACGUGAAGAUCUACCUCGAAGAGAACUACGAGCGCAUCAAUGUGCCCGUGCCCCAGUUUGGUGGCGGUGACCCUGCAGACAUCAUCCAUGACUUCCAGCGGGGACUCACUGCCUACCAUGACAUCUCCCUGGACAAGUGCUAUGUGAUCGAGCUCAACACCACCAUCGUGCUGCCCCCUCGAAACUUCUGGGAGCUCCUCAUGAAUGUGAAGAGAGGGACCUACCUCCCGCAGACGUACAUCAUCCAGGAGGAGAUGGUGGUGACCGAGCACGUCAGCGACAAAGAGGCCCUGGGCUCCUUCAUCUACCACCUGUGCAGUGGGAAGGACACGUACCGGCUGCGGCGCCGGGCUACCCGGAGGCGGAUCAACAAGCGAGGAGCGAAGAGCUGCAACGCCAUCCGCCACUUCGAGAACACCUUCGUGGUGGAGACGCUCAUCUGCGGGGUGGUGUGAGGGCCUCCCCCUCCAGGCCUCGCCCCUGCCCUCUUCCUUUUUUCUCUUCUGGCCACUCCGGCCCUCCUCCUUCCCCUGCUUCGCUUGUACUUUGGACGCCUUUCCCUAGAUGUGACGUGUCUCCUGGUUCCUUUCCGGCCCUGCCCGCCUCCCUGUACCAGAGCCGUGACCUCUCGAGGCCCCACCUGCGCCGAGCUCCCGGGGCCGGGGGAGCAGGGGGGCACCCAGGGUGGAGUCCGUGACCGCCACCCUGAAGUCAGGCCGUCCAGGGGCCGCCCACACCUGCGAUGGCAGCCCGGGAGAAGGGCUGGAUGGAGGGGCUGGGCUCGGGGGUGGGGGGUCCCGGGAAGGGGACAGGGAGGGAUGUGGUGGGGGGUUCAGAAAUGUCUGCACAGUUGGUGAAGUCCUAAAAGGCUUGUUCCUUGGACGGUCCCACAUCCGGAUUCCCAGAUCCGGGCUGAGGAUGGGGGAAUGUGCCCAGGGAUGGGCCCACCCAGAGCACAAGGGCAGGUGGGUGUCCUGGGGCUCCCCUGGACUCCUGUGAGUGCCUUGAGCCCACCAGCAGGAGCCUGGAGUGAGGGCAGGGGAUGAGUCUGUCAAGCACAAUCGUUCUCCGAGUGGAACCAAAGAGGGGAGGAGCCGGGGCCGGGUCCUGGCCCCCCGGGAGCACAAGGACAGGGUCCUGCAGCCCUGGCCACAGGUACAGGAUGGGAGCGCUGAGCAGAGACGAGGGGUGGGCUCGUUGCCUUCUCCGAGCUUGGAGCUGUUUUGGAAGAUAAUGUGGGGAGAAGGGAGAGCCACCUGGUACUUGUACACCCUGCCUCCCCCUCGUUCUGAAAUUCUGUCCCCCUCGGCUUUGGGGGAAUGCAGCCUCUUUUUCCUUUUCCUUCUCACUUUUGCAUGUUUUUACUGAUCAUUCGAUAUGCUAACCGUUCUCAGCCCUGAGCCUGGAAGAGGAGGUUUCGACACCUCCUGUCAGACUUAGGUGCUCUCUGGAGAUGAAACUCUUAAAUGCUUUGUUAUUUUCUCAAUUAGAUCCCUUUUCAGAAGUGUCGGUAGAACAAUAAAAAUCUUUGACUUCUGA